AUGGAAUCUAAAGGAACAACAGUCUGUGUGACAGGUGCGGGCGGUUAUGUAGCUUCUUGGUUAAUCAAACUCCUUCUUUCCAAUGGCUACACCGUUCAUGGAACCGUCAGAGACCCUGAUGAUUUGAAGAAUGCCCAUUUGAAGAAUCUAGAGAAUGCAGAAGAAAACUUGAAGCUUUUCAAAGCAGAUCUGCUUGAUUAUGAAUCUAUUGCUGCAGCCAUUAAUGGUUGCAGUGGAGUGUUUCAUGUUGCUAGUCCUGUAAUCUUAGGAUCUGUUCCAAAUCCCGAGGUAGAGAUAGUGGAAAUAGCUGUAAAGGGCACGCUAAACGUAUUGAAGGCAUCGAAGGAAUCAGCAAAUGUUAAGCGUGUGUUGUUUGUAUCUUCUGUAGCUGCUGCCUGCGUCAGCUCUACCUUGGCCGAGGGUGGUUAUGACAUUGAUGAAACUUGUUGGUCUGAUAAGGAAUUCUGUCGAAAAACCAAUAACUGGUACUGUCUGUCGAAAACAGAAGCAGAAAUGGAAGCUUUGGAAUUUGCAAAAGGAAGUGGGCUUGAUCUUGUAACUGUGUGUCCUUCAUUAGUUUUUGGUCCGAAACUGCAGUCUACUAUAAACGAUACCAGUUUGGUUCUUAUCAAUUUUUUGAAAGUAGGAAACGGAAUUAUGGAAAACACAAUCCAAUGGUUAGUAGAUGUGCGUGAUGUUGUUAAUGCCCUCCUGAUUGUGUAUGAGAAGGCAGAAUCAUCGUCGUCAUCCGAGGGAUUAAGGUACAUAUGUAAUGGUCAUUCAAUCUGGACCAAGGAUAUGGUGGAGAUGAUGAAAAACAUUUACCCACACAGCAAUUAUCCUGACAAGUUCACUGAUGAAAAGAAGGGAAAUCAGUUAAGUUCAGAAAAGCUGCAGAAACUGGGAUGGAGUUUCAGGCCUUUGGAAGAAACACUUGUUGAUUCUGUCAACAACUUCAAGGAAGAUGGGAUUCUUGAUUAA